AAAAAAAACCCUAAACCCUCUAGUUAAAGUAAUCAUUUUUUCAUUUGUUUCCCUCCGGCUCCCUUCAAUCUGUGUAUGCUGAUACGUAACAGAAGUCCUCGAAAGAUCUUAGCUUUGGGGCGUCUUGUUUUUCCUUCUUCGAAUGCCUUCUUCUCCGUCUCUUCUCCACUUUCCCAGUUUUCCCCGGACGAGAUGGCGCCUCACGACGUCGCAUCUUUGCUGAAAAUUUCCAAUUGGGAAAAGAACAGUUCUCUCAAAUCCCUAGUCUCUCACAUGAACCCACAUGUAGCUUCACAGGUCAUUUCGCAUCAACGCAGCGAUAACGACAUUUGCGUUCGCUUUUUCAUGUGGGUCUGCAAGCAUUCUUCGUAUUGUUUCGAGCCAGCUCAGAAAACUCAGCUUCUGAAACUGAUUGUUUCUUCCGGUAUGUAUCGGGUUGCGCAUGAUGUUAUCGUUUUGUUGAUUAGGGAAUGCAGUAGAUGCGAGAAAGAGAUGUUGAAUCUAAUGGGUUGUUUUGAUGAGCUGCGAAUUCUUUUUGGAUUCCGGUUAAAUUACCCUUGUUACAGCUCUCUUUUGAUGUCCUUGGCUAAACUUGAUUUGGGGUUUUUGGCUUACGUGACUUUCAGAAGAAUGGAAGCUGACGGAUUUGUUGUUGGCAUGAUUGAUUACAGAACCAUUAUCAAUGCUCUCUGUAAGAAUGGAUUCACGGAUGCCGCUGAGAUGUUCUUGUGUAAGUUUCUUAAAAUUGGGUUUCUGCUAGAUUCUCAUAUAUGCACUUCUUUGUUGCUGGGUUUUUGCCGUGGAUUGAAUAUAAGAGAUGCACUCACCGUGUUUGAUGUCAUGUCCAGAGAGGGAAAUUGUGCACCAAACUCUGUUAGUUACUCCAUUUUGAUUCACGGGAUGUGUGAAGUAGGGAGACUUGAAGAAGCCUUUGGCUUAAAAGAUCAAAUGGGUGAGAAAGGUUGCCAUCCAAGCACACGUACAUAUACUGUGCUUAUUAAAGCCUUGUGCGAUCGAGGUUUGAUUGAUGGAGCUUUUAGCAUGUUUGAUGAGAUGACUGCUAGAGGGUGCAAACCAAACGCUCACACUUACACUGUUCUGAUUGAUGGGUUGUGUCGAGACGGAAAGAUUAAAGAGGCUAAUGGGGUUUUUCGAAAUAUGGUCAAAGACGGGAUAUUUCCUAGUAUAAUAACUUACAAUGCGUUAAUAAAUGGCUACUGUAAAGAUGGACUAGUUGUUCCUGCUUUUGAACUUCUUACUGUAAUGGAGAAGAGGGCUUGCAAACCAAAUGUAAGAACUUUCAACGAGCUUAUGGAAGGGUUGUGUAGAGUCGGGAAACCGUACAAGGCUGUGCACCUUUUGAAGAGAAUGGUUGACAAUGGCCUGUCACCUGACAUUGUGAGCUAUAACAUUUUGAUCGAUGGGCUUUGUAGAGAAGGUCAUAUGAGUAUGGCUUACAAGCUACUCAACGUGAUGAAUUCUUUUGAUCUUGAGCCUGAUUGUCUUACAUAUACCGCUAUAAUUAAUGCUUUCUGCAAACAGGGGAAGGCUGAUGUAGCUAGUGGGUUCUUAGGUUUGAUGCUUAGAAAAGGAAUAAACCUGGAUGAAGUAACAGGUACAACUCUUAUUGAUGGUUUCUGUAAAGUCGGUAAAACCCGGAGCGCAUUGUAUAUCCUGGAGACAUUGCUUAAGAUGAGAAUAUUAACAACUCCUCACUCCCUGAAUGUGCUUCUUGAUAUGCUCAGUAAGGGUUGUAAAGUGAAAGAGGAAUUAGCAAUGUUUGGGAAAAUCAAUAAGCUUGGUUUAGUUCCUUCAGUGGUGACUUAUACAACAUUGGUUGACGGGUUGAUUCGAUCAGGUGAUAUAAGUGGUUCCUUCAGGAUGGUAGAACUGAUGAAGUUAAGUGGUUGUUUGCCAAAUGUCUAUCCAUACACAAUCAUCAUCAAUGGUCUUUGUCAACUAGGAAGAGUCGAGGAAGCAGAGAAGCUUCUUUCUGCUAUGCAAGAUUCAGGAAUUUUACCAAACCAUGUUACUUAUACUGUUAUGGUGAAAGGAUAUGUUGAUAAUGGAAGACUAGACUGUGCUAUUGACACUGUAAGAGCAAUGGUUGAAAGAGGAUAUGAACUAAAUGAUCGUAUCUAUUUUUCUUUGUUACGGGGACAUGUCUUAUCUCGAAAGGGUAUUGAUAAUUCAGAUGAGAGUAGUGUUUCUGAUAUUGCUCUUAGAGAGACCGAUCCUGAAUGUAUCAGCGAACUCAUAUCUGUGGUUGAACAACUCGGUGGGUCUACCAGCGGAUUAUGUAUUUUCUUGGUCACACGGAUAUGCAAAGAGGGAAGAACGGACGAGUCCAACGAUCUAGUCCAAACUAUACUGAAGAGCGGUGUUUUUCUUGAAAAGGCGGUCGACAUCAUCAUGGAAUCUUACUGCAGCAAGAAGAAACAUAGCAAAUGUUUGGAGCUGAUAACACUUGUUCUCAAAUCCGGGUUUGUCCCGAGUUUCAAAUCCUUCUGCCUAGUGGUUCAAGGUCUGAAGAAGGAAGGAGAUACCGAGCGGGCGCGUGAGGUCGUAAUGGAGCUUCUUACCUCAAAUGGAGUUGUAGAGAAAGCUGAGGUGCUGCCUUAUGUAGAGUGUCUCAUGGAAGGAGAUGAAACGGGUGGUUGCGAUGAAGUAAUAGAUCUGGUUGAUGAAUUGCACUGCAGAGAAAGACCAACCUUCUAAAAUAUAUUACUGUUUCGAUUUUGUGUAGCUUCCUUUUUUUUUUUCUUUUUGAACUAAGAAUCCUUUUGAAGUGUAUAAAGUUUGGAUCAUACCCUA